AUGUAUUUGAAACAAUUUGUUUAUUUUCUAGUGUGUCUCACCAUUACAUGGGCUGAAGCCCAAAAUGGUCGAGGACCGCAGUACCAAGAUCACAACGGGCAUGGAUGGGAUAUCAGGCUGGCAGUUCCUGGUGAACCCGGCAACGAUUAUCCUACCCUCGGAGCAAUACCACGAACGGAUUUCUCGUGCGCCGGCAAAGAACCAGGUUACUACGCAGAUAUAGAAACCAAUUGUCAAGUAUUCAGAGUCUGCACAGUUGGAUCAACGUAUGGUUUUCAGUCCUUCCUCUGCCCAAAUGGAACUUUGUUUAACCAAGCAGUAUUCGUAUGUGACUGGUGGAUGAACGUUAACUGUAAAACUUCCCAACAAUUAAUCAAUAACAAUAAUGAGAAAUUUGGAAACCUUAGACUAGGACCACAACUUAUGAAGGAUAUUAAAAAGAUGCUUACUCAUCCUAUGCGAAAUUCUUAUGAUAAAAGUAUUAUGAAAAGUAAUUUAAUUGUCAUGCAAGAUUAUAAACCGCCAACUGGCCAGUUGUUUCCAAAUGGUGCACUUUUGGCUGGCCCCGAACGUCCUCCUAACAAUGUUUAUGUACCAUCAAAGCAAAUACAACAAAACUUUAUUCAAAGUAAUCCAACAGAAUAUACAUUUUCUGCAUCGACCCCCGAACCACAAUACGUUUCUGCUCCAACUAACACGAAUUUUCCGUCAAUACAAAAAGAUGAAAGUUUCGUCCAAAAACAACAACAAAGUGGUCAAUACAUCCGAACUGGCAGAGUUCAAUCUUUACAAAAUUCACAACAUAGCAGUAAUCUCAUUUCCAAUAGCCAUGCAGGACAAUUUUUACCAAAUUCUAAUUCAAACUUCAACAAUAACAACGCUUUUGGAGAAUUUUCACAAGUGACACGACCGACACAAGUUACUACAUUCACGCAAAGGAAGACAAACACAGUUCUGCCAACUACUACAAGCAGCACACAAAACAAUCAAAGAAACCUAGCAAAUAGACAACGGUCACAAUUCAGUGAAUCAAAACGAACAGCUCAGGCAACUGAUGGAAAACAUAGUGAUAUUGGAGACACAUUUACGGAAUCACGAAAUAAUAAAAAUUUUCCUCCUGGUUUACCAAAGUUUUCUAAUGAAAUAAAAAAUGGUAAAGCUGGGAGGGAGUUGAAGGAUAACUUAGUAAGUACAAUCGCAAAUAUUUCUACAACCGCCAUAACUAAGGCAUUUAGCCGCUUUAUUCAGGAAACAAAAUCUGGAAAUCCUAAAUCUCGUGCUACAAAUAAGACUUGGAUUAUGAAACCAACUAAAGCAGGUAGGCAAUUAACGGACCCUACUCCAUAUACCUACGAAAGACCGUCUCUACCAAUCGAGACGCCAACAGAAAUCUUCGUCGAUAAUACCACGCCUUAUAGUUAUGAUAUGCCCACUUUUUCUCUAUCAGUGGAGAAUGCUAAAUCAACAGAAUUAGAGUCUGAAGAACCUUACGUCUAUCCUAGCCCAACUACAGCUGCAAAACAAAUAUCAACGGAAUCAGAAUUUACUCGUUUAUAUAAUGCCCCGGCAGUAAAUCCAACCCAACCUACAAUUUCAGAACAUUUAAAUGUACCAUCACCAUCUCCACUCCCAACAAAAUCUUCAAGAUAUUAUCUGCCACCAGCUCCGUUUCAAGCUACGCAACGAUUGUAUUUGCCUCCAAAAGAUUCUACAACUUUGUCUCGCCAAUACUUGUCACCAAACGCUGUACCUCAACCAGUAUAUUACCAAAAUGCCCAACUAAGAGUCAGCCCAAGCUUUACUUCACCAAUGAAUAUACUUUCUAGUGGUCAUCUCAAUCAACCAUCAUUUACAUUAAAAAAAGACUCACGUGUAAAUAUAAACAAUAACAAUUUAACAUUAGCUGAUAUUUUAACAAAGCAAAAACUAGAUAUCACUGUUAACGAUAUAGUCAAGGAUACCGACAGUAUACUGAAAACUGUUUCUCCCCUCGAAUAUAAUCAAUAUCGCAAGAGCUUUAUUAAAUCUCUGGACCCUUAUCAAAAUGAAUACAUUUCGUUACGAAAGCCGACAGAUAGUGGUGAAAAGAUAAUGAAUCAAUCUCCAUUACAAACUACUACAGUGUUUUCGAAGAGUUCGCGACUUAUUGCAACUCCGGCAAUUAGCUUACUGCCACCUGAUGAAAGUUAUAUUUAUCAAAACAUUAACCCACUCUCUAAUUUAGCCUAUUAUAAAGAAUCUGCUUUUCCCAAUACAAUAGAGAGAACAGUUUCCAUUAAAAUAACGAUACCAGAAAAAAUUGCCAUGUACUUAUUCAAAAACCAAAGUGAUGCAGAAUUUGACAAAUUAGACAUUUUAAACACUGGUAGUAGUAACUAUCUAGUGCUCAGCAACAAUAAUGAUAACUUGUUAACUAAGAAAAAUAUUUUCAAUUUUAUCCCAAUCACGAAACUUCCUGAAAUUAAUAACAGUCAAACUAUUUCCGAUUCACAGGCACUCGUCUAUUCGUUUUUGACUGACUCUAUCAACAUAGCGAGAGAACACCGCCACAUUGCACAACAAGAAGUACUAUCAUCUACAGUAACACCUACUCCAGCACAUUUCCAAAGCUUGAAUAAUCAACAACUCUCCGAUAUUACCAAUAAAAUAUCACAAUUGACAUCAUCACAAUUUUCAAGUAAUAAUUAUAAUAAUUUUGAUACAAACGCAAGAAUUAUUGCUACUCCACCAACUUACAUUAACCAAGUUAUUCCAUUUACAGGUAACUUAAAAUACUCUAAUGAACAUCAGGCACGACAAUUACAAAACCCACAAUUUAAUGGUUAUCCUUCUCGCAAUACUCAAAACGAUUUAUAUUCUUCCCGGUUUCAAAGGCCAAACACCCAACAAAACAUCGAACAAAACGUUUUAAAUAAUCAGAAUGAAAUCUACAGUGGUCAAUUAUACCGGUGGCCCGUUCCUGAGGUAACAAAUCAAAUUUACAAUCAACCAACAUCUGCAAAUCUAAUUAAUUCAAACUCUUUACAACACCCGACUACACAUUUAUUCACUUUACAGCGCAACACUAAUCAAAACAAUGCAGGCAGUAAUCUGAAGCAGACAACCCCGGCAGUCGAGAUUAUUAAAGCUGAAACUAUAAAUCUGAAUCCAGCCAAACUACAACUAGAGCCAUCUUACGAAUCAAACCAAAUUACUAAUACAGAGAACCUUACCAACUUACGUGACAGUGAAAACGGAAUAUCAGCUAAAAUACAAGAUAUGAUUGUGGGUACUAUACCACACCCGAUAGAAAAUAACAAAGUAGUUACUUAUAAGACAGAUCGAUCAUACUACCUAUAUACAAAACCAGAAGAUAAUAGAAUCGAAAACUUUAAUACAAUAACACAGACCAAUACGAAUACACCAAAAGACGCUCAAUUAAUGCAGAGUAGUAAAACCCCAGAUUCAGAAACUUUCCAGUUAAUACCUUCUGUAAAUUACGAAUUAGAAGAUGUGGAAGAGCAGCAGCAAAUUCUGGAUGCCUUCCAAAUAGACGAAUUUGGUGCUCCUAGAGAUAUCAUCAAACAGAAAAUUACUGCAGGAAAGACUAAUCAAAAUGAGGUAACUUCUAGUGUAGAACAUGACACAUCAACUAUGCGAUCUGAUAUAGGUAAAACAGAUUCUCCUUACUCAGUACCCUCCUCAUAUACAGCUCCACAAUCGUCAGUAGGUAGUUUAGAAAAAAGACAAAACAUACAAAAUCAUUUCAAUUCUAAAUUAGAAGAUUUUGAUAAUAAUAACAGCAAUGGUUAUCCAAAAGAGAGACCAGCACGCCAGUUUGUUUUCUAA